AACAUAACAACUAUACACAUGUUUUUAUAGGCUUUAGUAUUCCUCCAAACUCACCGCUCAAAAAAUCUCUCACUUUCUUGAAAUCAAAAAAAUGCCUUCACUUCUUCACUUCUUUCCUUUCUUUUUCUUGGUUUCUUUCUGUGUUUCUCAUGGACCCUUUUUACCUAAGGCCAUUAUUCUUCCUGUUAACAAAGACCCCUCAACUUUUCAAUAUGUUACACAAGUCUAUAUGAGUACUCAUCUUUCUCCCAUCAAAUUAGUUGUAGAUCUUGGUGGUUCAUUUCUAUGGACUGAUUGUGUAUCUUCAAGUCAGAAAAUUGUACCUUGUAGUUCAUUAAAAUGCUCUAUGGCUAAGCCUAAUGGUUGCACUAAUAACAAGAUUUGUGGUGUGCAACCAGAAAAUCCCUAUACAAAAGUGGUCUCACUGGGGGAAUUAGCAGAGGAUAUGUUUGCUGUGGAAUUUAUAGAUGAGUUAAAAACAGGUUCAAUUGCUUCAAUCCAUCAAUUCUUGUUUUCUUGUGCAUCAACUAAUAUGUUACAAGGUCUUGCUAGAGGUGCUAAAGGUAUGUUAGGUCUUGGGAAUUCAAGAAUUGCAUUGCCAUCACAGUUGUCUGAUACAUUUGGUUUCCAAAGGAAAUUUGCUAUUUGUUUGUCUUCUUCAUAUGGUGCUAUAAUUUCUGGUGAAAGUCCUUACUUGUCACUUUUGGGUCAUGAUGUUUCAAGAUCUAUGCUUUACACCCCUUUGAUUUCCUCAAAUGGUGUUUCUGAAGAGUAUUAUAUCAAUGUGAAAGCCAUCAAAAUUAGUGGCAAGAAAUUGUCUUUAAAUACAUCUUUGUUUGCAAUGGAUGAAGAAGGUUAUGGAGGGACAAAGAUUAGUACAAUUUCCCCUUUUACCACUAUGAAGAGCUCAAUUUAUCAAACUUUUGUUGAAGCUUAUGAGAAAUUUGCUAUUUCCAUGGAAUUGACUAAAGUGGAACCUAUGGCACCAUUUGGUCUUUGUUUUAGCACAAAGGGGGUAGAUGUUACAAAAGUGGGACCAAAUGUGCCAACUAUUGAUCUUGUGUUGCAAAGUGAGAUGGUUAAGUGGAGAAUUUAUGGGAGAAAUUCAAUGGUUAAAAUAAGUGAUGAAGUUAUGUGUUUGGGGUUUUUGGAUGGAGGGGUAAGUCAAAAGGCUUCAAUUGUUAUAGGGGGUUACCAAUUGGAGGAUAAUCUUUUGGAGUUUAAUUUGGGAACUUCUAUGCUUGGAUUUACAUCUUCAUUGUCAAUGGCAGAAACAAGUUGUUCCGACUUCAUGUUCUCAAAGGAUUCAGCUUUUGAUUCUUGACUUCAAAUUAUUGGACCAAAUCCUUAACACAAGAUUUUUUAGUACUAGAUUCCAACUUUGUCCAGAUAGACAAUUCCCCUUGUAUAGUUGUCUUAAACAUGUAUUUUGGCUCUUAUAGAUAUUAUUAUCAUUACUUGGCCAAUCUUAUU